CAACAGCAUGGCGGGCCCCGGGCGGCGCCGGCCUCUGCCCCUCCGGGUGCUGGUGCCGGUGCUGGCCCUGGCCCUGGCCGUGUCCCCGCUGCGCUCUCCGGACAGGGACCCUCCGGUGCGGCUCUUCACCGAGGAGGACCUCGCCCGCUACAGCGGAAAGGAGGAAGAUCAGCCUAUUUAUCUGGCGGUGAAAGGUGUAGUGUUUGAUGUUACAUCCGGAAAGGAGUUCUAUGGGCGAGGCGCUCCAUACAAUGCCCUGACUGGGAAGGACUCCACACGAGGGGUGGCCAAGAUGUCCCUGGAUCCUGCCGACCUCACUCAUGACACGACGGGACUUACGACAGAGGAGCUGAAAUCCCUGGAUGACAUCUUCACUAACGUAUACAAGGCUAAGUACCCCAUCGUUGGCUACACAUCUCGGAGAAUCCUCAAUGAGGAUGGCAGCCCCAACCAGAACUUCAAACCCGAGGACCAGCCCCAUUUCAACAUUAGGAAUGAGUUCUGAUGUGGAGUCUGGAAACAGGAAAGCCCUGUGAGAGGAGCUGGCCAGCCUCACGAUGCUUGCAGCAGGCUUCGGACUUCGAUGAGAAUCUAGUGUACUUUUUUUAAACUGGGGAUCGAAUGAAUUCCUUAGAAGAACAAACUGAAAAAGAGUGGCUUAUGUCUGAGUCAUCGGCUUGCCCCCCAAGUGAAAUAAAAUCAAAAUUUUACUUUGAA